AUGGACCAAGAGAACGAAAGAAAUGUUUCCAGGCUAUGGAGAGCUUUCAAAACUGUAAAAGAAAUGGUGAGAGAUCGUGGCUAUUUCAUCACGCAAGAAGAAGUUGAUUUGUCGCUCGAAGAUUUCAAGGCCAAAUAUUGCGACUCUAUGGGUCGUCCACAGCGUAAGAUGAUGUCCUUCCAGUCCAAUCCUGUAGAAGAAGCCUUAGAAAAAUUCCCAAACAUGGGCUCUCUGUGGGUUGAGUUCUGCGAUGAGGCCUCCGUAGGCAUCAAGACGAUGAAGAACUUUGUCAUUCACAUCAGCGAAAAGAACUUCCAGACAGGUAUUUUUGUUUACCAAAAUGGUGUGACACCCAGCGCCAUGAAGCUGCUUCCAUCGGUUGCGCCAGCUACAAUUGAGACAUUCCACGAGGCGUCUCUAGUUGUGAACAUUACCCACCACGAGCUUGUCCCCAAGCACAUCAAGCUGAGUGAUGAGGAGAAGAAGGAGCUACUCAGAAGGUACAGACUCAAAGAGUCUCAGCUACCUAGAAUACAGAGGAUGGACCCAGUUGCAUUAUAUCUCGGCCUAAAAAGAGGCGAUGUGGUUAAAAUCAUUAGGAAGAGUGAGACCUCCGGACGUUACGCAAGUUACAGAGUGUGUUUGUAA